AUGGAUAAGAAGAAAAGCAAAUUGGUUGGGAUUGUAGAGGAUGAAGGAAAGGAAGUACAGAAUAAAAAAGAGAUUCACAUUGUGAGGACAGAUGAGUUUGGGAGAAUUUUGACUCCUAAGGAAGCCUUUCGAAUAAUUUCUCAUAAGUUCCAUGGCAAAAAAGCGUAUGAAGCAAUUUCAAGAAGAGUUGAAAUUGAAGCAAAUGAAGAGUUCAGAUACAUCAUCAUUGUCUGUGGAGAGAAUGAGGGAAGCUCAAGCUCGUAUGAAGACACCUUAUCUUGUUCUCAGCGGCCAUGUUAA